AUGUAUCACAGGACAAGUUCCGCCAGUCCAUAUGCAGCCCUAAGUGUUACCUCGAAAGAAACCGAUGAUGAUGCCGCGCCCACGAAAGAAGAAAUCGGAGAGUUUUAUCUCAACAAUCACCGAAAAUUUAUCGAAACAUUUACCGUCCAAAACCACAAAGUUCGAUAUUACUGUAAUGCUACCACAGCCAUGCGACAACCGUUGUAUAAUAUUGUGGAUGACUUGAUCAAUGUGCAGAAGAAAGCAAUGGCAUACUUGUCUCAAUCUCCACCAAACCUUGAUCAUUACUUAUUGGCCAUGAUGUUUACCAUGAUUGAAAAAAUAACAAACAUGAUCGAUUGGAAAACAAUGAAUCGAAAAUGCUUUUGGAAAGAUUUUUGCAGAGAGUCGCGUCACCUCCGACACCUCAUCAGUCAAGCACAAGCCGCUACUUUAGAUUGUUGCCACACGGUUGUGGACAAGGCAAACAGGGCAAUGGAAAUCCUCCAAGAGGAAUUUUCACCAGAUCCAGGAAAACGAUUUGCUGAUGCAGAUGAGAGUAAGCUCAAGAAAUGGAUGAAAAUAGAACGAGAUGAGACUCCCCUGAAAGAGUCGUACUGCCAGUCACCAGGGGACCCUUCGCGCCUUGGAAUUAAAGCUGUUUGUUCUCAGCCAUACGAGAGUUUUGAAAUUCAGUGGAUUGAUACUCAAGACAACAACGUUCGCAAUGUGACACUUCUCCAAAUGAGUGACAGUUUCCGACUCAGACUUCUCCGGUCUCUAAUGUCAUGCGCUAGAAAAGCGCUAGAGUUGAUCAUUCUUUCCAUGUAUCGGAUAGAAAUUGUUCUGAGAACAGAGUUUCGUUUGGAAAAGUUGGCAAAAUGUGAGGGAAUUACUCCGAGUCAGCUACUGCCACACGAACGAGCUGUACUGUUCAAAUCCAAAAGAGAAUUUGAUUUCCUGUGGCAAAAUAUCAUGUUUACGAUAUGCAGAUUUCGUCUUCAGCUGCAACAACUUGACAAACAUAGGAAAACUUGUAAGAUGCUUGUAAGGGAUUCGAAGUAUUCGAUGAAAAUAUUUCCGAAGGCGGAUAAGAUUACUUUGAAAAUAGAGGAUCCAUUGUUAAUACGAUUUGUGGACCAAAUCACCACAGCCGAGUUGAGUGAUGAGACGUAUGAUUUUACCAUGUACUCUGAUAGAUCACACGACAUUGCUGAAAUCAUACAAGACAUGUGGAAUAUUUCAAAAAUGGAUUUUAAAACAAUGGAAAUGUUGAUCAAUUUGGUUUACCUCGCUUUAUCUCACGUGUUUGAAGUUUUGAAUACGGGGGAGCGGAAAGAUUUGAGGAACAUGCUUCUUAAGAUUUUCGAGCAGCGAGAUAAAGUCAAGCGUUAUCUGAAAAAGUCGCUCAGCAUAUUCAGCCAUGCUUCUUUCCAGGAACUCCCGAUUCACCUAAAUUCCAUGCCUUCUAAAGGUUUCGCAAAAGUAUUUACAACUGGGGUGGACACACUGGAAGCUGAAAACGAUGAUUCAUCUGUGGAGAGUGACGAUGAAGAAUCAAAAGAUCCAUUUUGGAUACAACUUCCCAGAGGCUUUGAGGUGACAAUUGUUGGUGAGCAGAAAAUCAUCGUCAUCGUCAACCACCUCAAGCAACACGUUCCGUUCAAGCUACUGUUCGAAGCAGAAAAACUGAUCGUCGUCAACAAAUUGAUAGUCAGACUGUUUCACUCGAUUGCAUCUGAAGCGUGUUUGGCAAAAAUAACUUGUGAUCGAUCUUCUGAAACUAAAUCUCUGAUGAAACGCAUGAAACAAACUGAGAGAAAAGAUCCACGCUUAGUUGCCACAAUUGCGAAUGGAUUGAACCACGUAAAGAAUAUUCUCAAAUUAAUGAAAAUGAUGAACGGGUUGCUGAUUUUUACAAAAAAAGUUUAGCAAACAAGACUGUGUGUGAACUAGCUCAAAAUUUCAAGUGCUUGACUGUUCAUAUUGUUCUUACGU